AUGUCUACCAAAACACUCACUCCAACCGUUUUAUGGGCUCAACGUUCAAGUGAUUCAGAAGCUGACAAGAACAUCAUUCUUUUAACUGUUGAAAUCACUGAUCCAAAAGAUUUACACAUUGACUUGAAACCAACCCACCUUACUGUUAAGGCCGAUUCGUCUACUUAUGAAGAUACUCACUAUGACUUAAAGAUUGAUUUCUAUGAUGAAAUAGAUCCAGAAAAAUCUAAAAUCAAUACUGAAAAUGGUGCCCAUUUAUUCUUUGUAUUAUCAAAAAAGAAAUUACAAGAAGAAUACUGGCCAAGAUUAACCAAAGAGAAAUUGAAGUAUCACUAUAUCAAGACUGAUUUUGAUAAAUGGGUAGAUGAAGAUGAACAAGAUGAAGCUAAAGAAGAUGAUGCCAAUUUGAUGGGUGGAAUGGGAGGUAUGCCCGGAAUGGGAGGAAUGCCCGGAAUGGGAGGCGCCGGAGGUCCAGGUGGAAUGGACUUCUCUCAACUUUUAGGUGGUAUGGGUGGAGGAGCUGGUGGAACUCCAGAUUUGAGUGCUUUAGCUAGUCAAUUGGGUCAAGCAGGUGGUGCGGGUGGUUUAGGCGGUCCAGGUGGAAUUGAUUUCAGCUCAUUAGCGUCAGAUGUAGGUAAAGAUAGCGAAGAAGGAGGGGUACAGCUGAGUGAAGUAGAAGUUGACGCUGCAAGCGACGGAAAUGAAAAGGAGGUUGAAGAAAAUGUUAAGGAAGUUGAUUAG